AUGUUUGAUAAGCCAUGUUCAUUCAAGCCAGACCGAGUCAGGGGAAUCUGCUACAGCCCUGGUAACAUCGUGUACAUGCGUCUGACCAACUUCCAGACAUUCUCAGACCAGGAAUUCUACUUCAGUGAGAAACUGAACUUGAUAGCAGCACCAAAUGGAACUGGAAAGAGUUCAUUGGCCAAUGCAAUUGCAUUCGUAUUCAAUGGGACAACCAGAACAAUUGGAAAGACGAAGGAUGUGCUGGAUUUCAUCAAAUUCAAGGAAGAAAAGGCAGAAAUAAUUUGUGUAGUGGCCCAGAAGCCAAAUGGGGUCACUGAUUCAAUCAAAAAGCAGAAGACUGGAAACUACGUGGAAUUCAGGCGAGUUAUUCAACGAAAGAGGGCCAAGGCCGAAAGCAUCUUCUACAUCGAUGAAACUCAGAGGAAUUCAGCCGAUUAUGGCGCAUUUAUUGGGAGAAUGAAGAUCGACUGUGACAACCUGACCAAUUUCCUGCCUCAGGAGCGUGUGGCUGAGUUCGUGAGGAUGUCAGGCGACAAAAUGUUCAACGAGGUGAUGAAGGACGUUCUGAUGGGCGAGAAGUGGACGAUAGGAGAGAAAUUGGGUGAGUUUGAGAAGACGAAGAAGGAGUUGGAUGGAACUAAGACUAAUUUGGAAUCAUCGAAUAAGCAAUUUACGCUUCUAGAACAAAAAAAGACGAUGUUGGAGAAGGAAGUUGAUAAAAUAAGGGAAUUUGAGAUAAAACAGAGGGAAAUACGCGUAUUGCAGUACAAGGAGUUCUAUUUGAGGAAGAAGAAGGAGAUGGAAGAUAUGAGGGGGUGGAAAGAGGUAUUGGAUGGAGUAAUAAGCACGAAGGAUGACAACGAGAAGCAGAUUGGGGCAUUGGUUGAAAUAGUAGGAGCAGCUGAAGAGAGUACGAUGAUGAAGGAGUUUUAUGCAAAGGUAGAAAUCUAUUUGAGGGAGAAUGUGGGUCUGAGGGAGCUAGUUGGGAAGAUGGAGGAGUACAGGAGGGAGUAUGUGGCAUUUGAGAGGGAGCAGGAGCGCAAGAAGCAGAAGAACAGGGAGAUUGAGAAGGAAAACGAGGCAGUGGAGGAAAAGAGGGCCAUUUUGGUAGAGAAGAUAGGGGAGGAGUUGAGGAGUUACGUGGGAUCAUUUGACAGGUUCGUGAAUGAGGGCGUCUUUGAAAUUACGAUAGAGAAUCAGCCAGUUUCAAGAACGAACAAAAUGAAGGAAUUAAGCUUAAAUGAAAUAAGAACAAAUUUGACCAAGAGCAUAAAUGAAUGCACAGAACAAACAGUGAGACGAUUUCAGCUUCGAGACAGCGCUGGUUCUGACGCGUUGGAGCGGAUUCAGCGCCUGAAGAUGACUGCGUUACAGAACAAGAAGCUGAUUGAGGCCCACGAAACUGAAAGAAUCAGGUUCAACGAAAAGGCAGGUCAGAGACUCAUGCGCCUAAGAAGCUACCACGAGGACACGUACAGGGCAGUUGAGCACCUCAGACGAAACCAAAUUGGCGUCGAAUUCUACGAGCCGGCCUUCCUCCACAUCGAAAUCGACGAGGAGUUCAGAACUGAAAUUGAGGCUCUUUUGAAUUUCCAGGCACUUUCCUCCUUCCUGGUCAAAUCAAACAGUGACAUGAAAAAGAUGGCUCGCAUUUUGAAAGACGAGCUUCGCCUUGGAGUCAACAUCUGCACCCUGACGGAGGAAACGAGUCUCCAAUCCAAGUUCAACUCCCCUGAAAUUGAUGGAUCUGCAACUGAUUUCAUCACUUGUAACCCAAUUUACAAGCACUUCUUCAACACGUACGGCAGAUUCAACGAGAUUCCAAUUUCAAAGAAGGAAAUCAACGAGAAGGCCUUGCUUUCCAAAUACCCAUUCGUUAGGAAAAUGAUCAUCAAUCAGAAACUGGUUGAAAUCAAAAGAAACAAAUACAACUCAGAAGCCAUCCUAAAAACAGAUCGAAUCAGAGAAAUGGGCAUUUUCAGGUCGAGUUCACCAAACACAGGCGACUUAGAGCGACUUGAAUCAGAAUUGAAGGAGUUGAAGAACAAGCGUAAUCAAAUUCAGGCAGAAAUGGGCCAUGAAAUGCUAAAGAAGCAGCAAAUUGAUGAAAGAAGGGCAACAAUCACCCAACUGAAUGAGAAGAUCAAUGAGAAGUAUUUUGUGAUCAAAAGAUGCAUUGAUAAGCAUUUCACAACUAGUGAGAGAUCCCUGUACGAUUUGAGUAGUGGCCGUGGUGACGAAUGUAGGCGCCUAUUCAAAAAUGCCUUAUCAAAAAUGACAGAAUUCAAAUUGCACCGGAUCAACUACAACCAGGCCAAAGAGACUGAAAUGAACAUCACCAACAACAAAAUGCAAAUUGAGACGCUGAAGACAGCAACAGUUGCCUUGGUCGAAGAAGUGACCAGGGUGAGAGUAAAGAUCAGAGAAAAGGGCGAAAUGGUUGGAAACUACCAGGCCAUGAUGGAUGAGAUGGAAGCAAAUGAGUCAGCGAGAAACAGAAAAAUGACAAGAAGGGCCAAUCUGACUCAGACACAGGAUGGUGGAUCCAGAUUGUCCCUGAUUCAGGUUGGAAGCCAGCAGUCUCAGGACGCCUUGUUCCAAUUUGCCGUAUCAAAUCAAAUUGGCUCAUUUCGGGAGGAAAUCAAUCGAAACCAGGCCAAUUCCCUAAACGAGGUGAUGCAAAGAAGAAGCUACCUUGAUGAAAUAGUGAGGGGAAAUGAUUUGGAUGAAUCAGUGAAACAGGCGUAUACGACAGCAGAACGAGACUGGGGCAGAAUGGCUGAGGAGAAGAAGUCGUACGAAUUGGCCCUGAUUGGAUUGGAAAAGAAGGCUGAUAAAAUCAGGGAUGCAAUUCGCACCGGUGCUACAAAUCAUGUUGGGCCAAUCAGCAGCAGAUUCGGUCAGAUGCUCAGUCGCCUUGGAAACCAGGGCGAAUUGCGCGUAGUCUGCGAUUCCGGGGCUGGGAGAGAAUUGGCCAAAUUCGAAUUGCAAAUUUGGGUGCGUUUCAAAGAGGGGGAGAAUCUGCAGCAGCUGACCAGUUUCAGGCAGUCUGGCGGAGAGAAGUCGCUGAGCACGAUGCUCUUUCUCCUGGCUCUACAAAGUGGAACAGACAACUUCAGACUCGUUGAUGAAAUCAAUCAGGGAAUGGAUCAGAAUAACGAAAAACGGGUAUUUGAAAUACUGAAUUUGAUGACUGGGCAAUUCUUCAUCAUCACUCCCAAAUUGAUCAGUGAUAUCGAAUACUCUGAGAACUACAAUGUGCUUAUUCUCUACGGUGGAACUGGAACCAAGGAAGUCGAAAGGCUGUGA